AGCGCUAACUGGUAUUAGUGAUUUUAUUCGCAAUAAACAGCCUCAUAUUUAUAAUAUAGACGCGUUUUAUUUAAUGCCGAGAACGUGGCUUUUGUAAUACGUCGUUUUGGCAGCGCGUCCAUGUGGAAUAUGAUGUUAUGGCAUUCUUUCUCCUCCUAUAUAUCCUAUAAACAGAGUAGCGAGCGUCAUGUCGUUUGCUAGCUAGCAAUUUAUCUUACAAACGCACUCGUCCCUUUAACAAAAAAAGAAGUGCCAACCAGCAAAAUGAAAGUACGCUCGUCUGUGUUUGCCUCGUUCAUUUUAAUAUGCGAAGUGGUUGGCGUUGCACUCUUCCUGCGGGGAUUCUUCCCAGUGCCUCUAAAGUCCUCCGUGUCGUCCAAGAGCAAGCUGUCAGAUCUGCCCGCGGAGCCGCAGACAGGAGGCUCUCCCAACUCCUCCCGCCUCCCCGAGCCCCUCUUUAAGCGGGUGGUCAUCAUGCUCGUGGACGCCCUGCGGGAGGACUUUGUGUUCGGAGCCAGCGGCCGCAGGAACAUGCCGUACACCAGGCACCUGGUGGAGAGGGGCACCACGCACAGCUACGUGGCCAAGGCGAGGCCCCCCACGGUCACCAUGCCCAGGAUCAAGGCUCUCACCACCGGCAGCAUCCCGGGCUUCAUCGACGUGGUGAUGAACCUGAACUCUCCGGCGCUGCUGGAGGACAACCUGGUGUGGCAGGCCAAAGCAGCCGGCAAGAGGAUGGUGUUCUACGGAGACGACACCUGGGUGCGCCUCUUCCCCAAGCACUUCAUGGAGCACGACGGCACCACCUCCUUCUUCGUGUCCGACUACACCGAGGUGGACAACAAUGUGACCCGUCACCUGGACAGCACCCUGAAGAGGGACGACUGGGACAUCUUGAUCCUGCACUACCUGGGCCUGGACCACAUCGGGCACAUCAGCGGACCCCACAGCUCCCUCAUCCAGCCCAAGCUGCUGGAGAUGGACGACGUCCUGAAGAAGAUUCACAGCGCCCUCAUCUCGAAGGAGGCGGAGGGAUCCUUGCCCUACCUGCUGGUGCUGUGCGGAGACCACGGCAUGUCGGAGACCGGCAGCCACGGCGGCUCCUCGGAGCUGGAGGUCAACACGCCGCUGGUGCUCAUCAGCCCGGCCUUCAAAAGAAAAGUGGGAAUGGAGAAGCCCGGCGUGGUGGAGCAGGUGGACCUGACUCCGACACUGGCCCUGGGCCUCGGCCUGCCCAUCUCUCAAAACAGCGUGGGCCGCAUCAUCCCGGGCGUCAUGGAGGACAGCUCGCUCCGAGACCAGCUCCGCUUCCUGCAUCUCAACGGCCACCAGCUCAGCUGCCUGCUCAAAGACAGCACGCCCGACUACGAGAAAGAGGCCGGCUUCGAGCAGUUCCGCGUGGCCGAGAGGGCUCACGGCAGCUGGAUGAAGCUCUUCCUGGAGGGCAACACCUCGGAGGUUCUCACCAACAUGGGCAAGAAGGUCCUGAAGCAGUACCUGGAGGCCAUGGCCGCCAUGAGCGCGGCCCUCAGCAGGCAGCUGGGCAAGUACGACAUGUACUCCAUGGUCGCCGGCAUGGUGUUUGUGUUCCAGCUCCUGCUGGUCCUGCUGCUGGCCAUGCCCGAGGCCCUCAGCGGCGAGGCGUCCGUGGACCUGCCCGUCCUGUCGGCGCUGCUCUCCCUGCCCUUCUACCUCCUGUGCCUGCUGCUGGCCUCGGUGCACGUCUUGGUGUGCACCUCCGCCGAGAGCUCCUGCUACUUCUGCAGCCUCUCCUGGGGCCUCGUGUUCGCCGCCGUCGCCUUCUCCUCGGCCAUGUUUUGCAUCCUGGUCUCCAUGGCGACGCGGCGACUCCCCCCGUGGCCGACGAUUCACGGCAAGUCUCCAUCGAGGAGCGGCGGCGGCGAGUGGUCCCUGUCGGAGCUCGACGCGUUGCUGCUGGCCGGCACAGUCGGACACACCCUCAGCUUGGCGGCGAGCAGCUUCGUGGAGGAGGAGCACCAAACGUGGUACUUCCUGCUCAACACCCUCUGCCUCGCCAUCUUCCAAGACGUGUGCCGCAAGUACUUCCGGGAGCAGAGGAGGGGCCACGGAGACGACGAGGAGCCCAUCCUCCCGUCCAAAGACCGCCGCCACCCCGAGGCCGAGGUGGCGCGCUCGGAGAAGUGGCUGGCGUUGGCCACGCCCCCUUUCACGCUGGUCUGCUGCCGGCUGCUGCGCUCCCUCAACCAGACCGGCGUGCAGUGGGCUCAUCUUCCCGACGUGGGACAUUGGCUUAACAGCUCCGAACACAGGACGCUGCUCUCCCUGCUGGCUGCCUUCUGCCUGGUUCUCAUCUACCUGCUGGUUCAAAGACGGUGCUCGUGGGUCUCCAAGGUCGCCCUCGCCCUCGGGCUCCUGGGCGUCUACAGCUACCGGGCAGCUGUCGGCUAUGUGUUGUUUCCCUGGCAACACUCGGGUCAGACGACAUCCAAGGGAACCGUGGAGGCGCGCUUCGUCUACGUCUUCAUCCUGGGCAUCUUCUUCAUCGGCACCAAAGACCUGUUGCGCUCCCAGAUCGUCACGGCCGAUGCCAAGCUGAGGAGCCGGGGCUUAUGGGAGAUUUACAGCGGCUUGGUCCUGUUGGUCACGCUGCUGUUCCGCGCUCACAACCUGCCGGUGCUGUGCUGCUGCCUGUUGAUCCAGACGCUCAUGGCUCAGUUCAUCUGGAAGAAACUCCACUACGACGCAGCCCAGACCACCAUCAUGCACUACUGGUUCGGCCAGGCUUUCUUUUAUUUUCAGGGCAAUUCCAACAACAUCGCCACCGUCGACAUCUCCGUCGGCUUCGUGGGACUGGAGAGCUACGUGGAGGCGCCCGCCGUCUUGCUCACGGCGCUCAGCACGUACGCGGGGCCGCUGCUGUGGGCGUGUCACCUCGUCUGCUUCCUCAGCUCUCAGAGAGGCCGGAGCCCCGUGGCGGUCGGCCACGGCUGCUACUGCCUGGCCCUGCUGCGGUCGGUGCCGGUCGCCGUCUACAUCGUGCUGGUGACGGCGCUGCGGUACCACCUCUUCAUCUGGAGCGUCUUUUCGCCCAAAUUGCUGUACGAGUCCAUGCACCUGCUGCUGACCGCCGGGGUCUGUCUCUUCUUCAACACCAUGGAGCAAAGCCACAGUCCCAAUCCUGCUUCCCAUCUCGUCAGUCCAACUCCCCUCACCUGCCUCUGAUCACCUCGUUAGUCCCUCAUUACCUUCACCUGGUCCUCACGCCCUUCUCACCUGCAGCCCAUCCCCUCAUUAGUCCCUCACUGUUUAGCUCCCUCACUUUCCACUCGUCCUCUGCCAGAUUGUCUCGUGUUUUUCCGACCAAGCCCUCGAGUUCCAUAGUUUGAUUAUUCUGUCUGUUCCGAUCUUUACGAAGCUUGCAGUAAAGAAUCUUUAUUUGAA